AUGGAUGUACUGAUGAAGGGGUUCUCUAUGGCCAAGGAGGGGGUGGUGGCCGCCGCAGAAAAGACCAAAGCUGGAAUGGAGGAGGCAGCAGCUAAGACCAAGGAAGGGGUGAUGUAUGUAGGUACUAAGACAAAGGAGGGAGUUGUGUCAUCAGUAAACACAGUGGCCAACAGGACCGUGGAUCAGGCCAACAUCGUUGGAGACGCAGCCGUUGCUGGGGCUAACGAAGUGUCACAGGCAUCCGUGGAGGGUGUUGAGAACGUCGGCGCAUCAUCCGGGCUCAUCAACCAGGGAGAGUAUGGAGGAGUGGAGCAAGGUGGAGAAGGAGGAGAGGGGUAUUAGUUGUCUUCAGGACCUCCCCUCCAGCGGCCCUUCGCUCCCCUCGCCUUGCUGUACCAGACUCCAGAUGUUCAACAUAUUUUUUUGUGACUUU